UGGAAGGCAGUCCCGUUGUUAGCGAUAUAAUUCCUCUAUCGAAAUAGAUAAGAAGCGCGACCUAAUCGGCGAUAUAUUUACUCAUUUGGUCUACACGGAUGCUUAUUUACAACGUUUAACCACCGUUUCAUCCAACCAGGUCAAGAGACUGGGAGGUUUCUAUUUCCGAUUUGGAGGUAUUAGCCGUUGAUAGCUUUGUACGGAGUGCAGGCAGACGGCCGGGGUGGCUAUGACCGCGGAGUUACUGUCCGAUUUGGAUAGCCGUUUCUUCGCUGAUAACCUCCUGACAAGCGAAGACUGGGAUGCCUGCCUGUACCAGUGUGAGAGCAUGGAGGAGGGGGAGGAUGCGGAGUACGCCAGACAGCUGAAAUACGACACCGUGUUCGACAACGACCUCGUCCUGACCCUUGAUCCUGACAGCAGCCACACGUUGCCAUGGAAACACCAGGGCGACGACCUUCUCGCAGGUGACAGCCUUGUGUUAAAAGAUGACACGGCCAUGACACAGUCCUUGCCUGUUGACAUGUUGUUCCAGGUGAAGGCGGAGCCUCUGUCCCCUGCCUCCUCAUUGGCCUCUGACUGCUCCCUCCCUGAUCCACAGGUCACGGUUAAAGGGGAGAACCCUCCUACCCCACCUUAUAUGUUUGGAGACGUCCUCUCACCUCCGCUAGCGACCGUGCAAGUCACGGUCACCCCAACUUCACAACCGCAACCACAAACGCAACUGCAUGCACAACCACAACCACAACCACAACCACAGCAAGCGCAAACACACAACGGCUUGGACAAAAAGCCCCAGGCCCCAGUCCUGCCGUCUGCUGCCGUCCUCAAAGCCAGCACCAUCCUCAGCAGCAAGCCGCCCAUUCAGCCCCGGCCGGUGGGCGUGGCCGCUGUGCCCGUCACCCAGAGCCCCACCCCCGCCAAGACCCUCCUCCUGCAGAGUCUCCCCAGCAUGGACCAGAAGCACCCGGUGGUGCUGCCUCAGUCAGUGUGUCUGGGGUCUGCCCCCGCCAUCGUGAAGAUGGAGCCUGUGUCUCCCAGCAUGCAUUGUGCCAGCCCAGCUGCGCCACCCCCAGCUAAGCCCAUCAUCCCAGCAUCCUCGCUGCCAGGGAGCAACUGCAACGACAUCGAUAUGAAGGUGCUGAAGAGGCAGCAGAGGAUGAUAAAGAACAGGGAGUCGGCCUGUCAGUCCCGCAGGAAGAAGAAGGAGUACCUGCAGAGCCUGGAGGCGCAGCUGCGGGAGGCGCAGAGGGAGAACGAGCGGCUCCGCAGGGAGAACCAGGCCCUGCGGGACCGGCUGGCCGGGAAGGAGGGCGGGGACUCCAGUAGUAAUAAGAGAGCUCUGUGCAUCAUGGUGGUGCUGCUCUUCAUCACCUUCAGCUUUGGCCCUGUGAGCAUCACAGACAGGAAGCUGGAGACUGGGUUACAGGAAGGGGCGGCCCCUCACACAGGAAGGCACCUGCUGGAGUUCGAGCUGGGCCAGGAGACCAGCCGGACCCGUGGGAACGAGAGAGCGGGGGAGGAGAGGGUGGAGAAUGAGGAGGAGGGUGAGGAGAGGUGGAGGAAAGGGGAGAUGGAGAGAGAUGCCACAGACUCCUUCCAGUUCAGGAAUCUGAGUGGGGUGUUCAGUGAUGUGAAGGACCUGGUUCUGCAAGACAUCGACCGCUACUUCACCGCCUCAGACUGCAGGCAGUUCAACCGCUCCGAGUCUCUCAGGCUGGCGGAUGAGCUGAGGGGGUGGGUUCACAGGCACCAGAUAGACAGGAAGAAGUCAGGAGGGAAGCCGAAAAUCGUUAAGAAAGCCAAAAUAGCUCAGAAAGCACAGCAAAGAAAGAUGAACUUCUCCAGAUACCUGCCCAUCCAGGCCCACCGAUCCAUCGAAAGUCAUCUGCAGGUGUUUCCUGGGCCAGAGGUCAGCUACAGUGACUUCCUGGAUGCCAUCGAUCGCCGCGAGGACACCUUCUACGUGGUCUCGUUCCGACGGGACCAUCUGCUGCUCCCAGCGAUCAGUCACAACAAGACCACACGUCCCAAAAUGUCUCUGGUCAUGCCGGCCAUGUCUGUCAAUGAGAGCCUGUAUAACUCCUCCCAGGGGUACGAGAUGAUGAUGCAGGUGGACUGUGAGGUCAUGGACACCCGCAUAAUCCCGAUCAAGGCCUCCGCUGUCCCGCCCUCUCUGCGGGACCCCCCUCCCCCUCCACCCUCCCACCAUCACCAUGGCAACCACACCUCCCUCCGCGGUCGCCACGCCCACACCCACAGCGGCGGGGCAGGGCCGUCCCCACGGCAACCGCUGCCUAGCAGGAGGCGGGGGGCGGAGCUGUACAUCAGUCAGGAGGGAGGGGUAUGAGAGAGGGAGCGAAGAAUUGGAGAGAGGAAGAGAUGAAAGGAAAAGGGGUGGACAGAGAGGAAGAGGAGAAGAGAGGGGUAGAGAGCAAUAAAGGAGGGAGAGAGACACUACUGAUGCUAAACUGAGAUCCCAGCUAACACGCAGCGUUCUGACAACGUUAUUGCAACAUCAUAGCAACGCUGUGAGGACGUUUUGUGUUAUGUGGGAAGGGAGCUAUUGGUAGUCCUUUGGUGUGUGAGCACGCACUGGUUUCACUGUGUAGCUCACUGCUCCCCAAAAACAAUGAUGAUAAAAGUAAUAAUUUUAUAUAUAUGUAUGUAAAUGUCAUUUGUUCAACCUGCCCGACACAAACUAUCAGGUAAGUGUCACUGAAACUUACAGUAUGUUUGGGUAGAAGAAUAGGACUCCCCAAUGUCAGCUUUUUUUCCCCUCAAUUAAUUUUUAAUCCAGGACAGCAAGUACACAACCCUUACGGUCCAUUGCACUUAGACUGAAUCUGGACAGGCAGUUACUGGCUGUUACAUGUCUGGGACUUUUUCCUGUUCCUUCGGUUCCCCUGGGCUACCAGUAGUCUGAAUAUCGGGGAGGAUCUUUAUUUAAACAAGCAGAAGCCAACCUUAAUUUGGGUGUAAAUAUUUGUAGUAGAUGUAGAUUUUUUUGUACCUUUUUCUAUAUAUAUAUAUAUGCAGUGGUCUGUUGGUUGUGACGGUGUUGUUGGGAUUCUUAAUUAGGGUGGUGUUUUUCGUUGUGUGAGCGUAAUGUCUGGGCUGUUUGAGAUUCCACCAUGUUUUUGGUCCCCUUUUUUGGGAUUUCUUUCAAAAUGACCAUCCUGCCCCCCCCCU